AUGGAUGACAACCCGCCCAAAUUUGACCAGGAUCAAUACACAGAGUGUAUUCUGGAAAAUUCACCACAGGACCAGUUUGUGCUUCACACAAGAGUCACUGAUCUAGACCUGGGAGGAUUUGUGGGAACAAUCCGGAUUAUUCCCGAGACCGUCCCUUUUUCAAUCAGCCAUGAUGGAAUAAUCCGGGUGAAAAGUUCAGUGGACCUAGACAGAGAAACCACAGCAAGCUUCAGUUUUCAAGUUGAAGCACAAGAAAACCCUCCUUCUAGCAGCAAAGCAACAGCAGAUGUGACCAUUACCUUGCUGGAUGAGAAUGACAACAGUCCACAGUUUACAACUUCCUCGUAUGAGGGCAAAGUUUUCAGCAACCAGACUGUUGGAAUGCAGGUCGUCAAGGUCGAGGCAGCAGACCUGGAUGAAGGUCCAAACGGGGAAAUCAGCUACUCCAUUGAGUUUGGAAAUGAGAGAGGUCAUUUUGAAAUUAAUGAGAAUAAUGGGGAUAUUACACUAAUUAACCAAAUUGACCUGGUGGACAAUACAAUCCUUGAGUUUGCACUCUAUGUUACUGCAAAAGAUGGGGGUGCUAUAACCAGAUCAACUGCUGCAAUUGUGAAUAUCAAGGCCCCUGGAGAGUCUCAUCCUCAGUUCCUCCGGGACACCUACCAAGGACAAGUAGAGGAGGAUCAGGAAGACGCAGAUAUCUUGAAGGUCCUUACAGUAUAA